CUGGCAAGCAAUUUUUACACGCUUCUCGGAAUUUCCGACGCGCUGCUGCCUUGAAAACGCCAACUGAGAAAUCCACAAAACUAAACUGAAUUCCUAAAAUUCAAGUGUUUAAAAUGGAAUUCUUUUUCAAAUCCCCGGCACAAGAGUCAAAUGCAAUAAGCCAGCAGCAUCAAUCGUUCAUUCAAUACUCACGUUCCCCAUUCGAGUUUCCAUCAACACAAUACGAGUCGUAUCAGGAAAAUGGCACAAAAUAUCUUAAAAGCUUGAAACCCAUUCCUGAACCAUUGCAACUGCAGCUAAACGCAUGCGCAGGAGAGAUUUUUAUCAGUGGCAUACCACCGGAGAUAAGAGCUGAGGCCAUUGCAGAAAUUGCUGCCCUCCUUGGUGAACUUUAUAUUUUACGUUAUAAGGUGAAUUUUUCAGGAGACUCGCGGGGGUUUGCUUAUCUUCAAUAUGUAAAUCCUUCGCUGAUGCGGCUGGCUAUUAUUCGCUUGCCGGCACUUUUUCGACAGCACUCGCUCCCCAUGAUUCGGGUUCGUCAGUCUCGUAAUUCCUCUAAACUUUUAUUGAAAAAAACUUAUCGUUUGUCACCGGAGAGUGUUUACGAAACUCUGCGUCAGCUGAUUACCUUUGAUAAACUAAUUGGACACGAAAUCUUUCCCGGCUAUUUCGAGUACCAGAUCAUCUUUAAAAGUAAUGAAGAAGCCGUUCAUGCUCGACGUGAGCUUCUGCGAACUAUCUCUAAAUUUGGAAGAAAUGCUAUUGUGGUAUGGGAUACUACCAAUGAGGUAGUCGAUAGUGCAACUCCAAGAGGUUUGGACCAAGAUUGUGAAACAGCACGGAAUGAGAGUGACCCUACCCUUUUACCCGCGGGUGUUUGCACCCAGGAGUAUGCUCGGGCACCGUUAAUCGCCUCACCGCUGGUUUCUAUCAACGGAGAUGAACAAAGUGUUAAAGUUUUUGAGCCCAUUAAAGGCUGGAGUUUCACAUUCUAAGAGUUCCCUUAAAAGUGCACCUUGAAUUCCGCAUAGUGGAAUUAAAAAUAUCGUUGGGGUAUUUCGUAAUAAUUUCAAAUCAAAUAAUAAUUUGUUUACCAAAUUACAAGAGGCUUCUAAUGAUUUCCUUAAAUGAACGGUGCAUAGUUUCGCCACCUAUAUGCACACUUUUUUUUAUUCUCGUUGCUACGAACUUUCCUUAAUUUUAAGUUUUAUCUUCAAAAAUUAUGUAUUUCUAUUUAUAAGUGCACGUAAGUUGGUAAAUGAUGUGAAAUAAGUUUUGGAAACGGGCAAAACAUGCAAUAUGUGUAUUAAUAAAAAUGAACA